UCAUUGUAUAGAUUCACCCUACCAAUCGUAAUGUUAAGGUUAAGACCAUGCAAUAUUAUAUAUUAAACAGAUUUACCUGACCAAUAUUAAAAAGAAGUUAUAUAUUAUACAAAUCUGCCUGUCUAGUUUAAAGAUUACAGCUGCUACUCCACAUAAUUAUAUGUUACACAGAUUUAACCGUCUAAUUUUGAUAUUAAAGUUAAAACUCCAAUACUAUUUAUUGCAUAAAUUACCUGACUUAUUUUUAAAAAAUAAGGUUAGGGCUUCACAAUAAUAUAUAUUAUACAAACUUCCUGACUAAUUUAAUUAUGAAGCACAAGGCUCCACAAUAUUAUAUAUUAUACAGUAAUACCUUUCUAAUUUAAAUACUAAGGUUAGGAUACUACAGUAUUAUACUUAAAUAAAUUUAACUGACUUCUUUAAAUAAGUAUAAGGCUCCACAAUAUUAUAUAUGAUCUAAAAUGACCUAACUAAAUAUUUACGUUACCACCCUGCAAUAUUAAAUAAUAUACAAAUUUAUCAAAUUAAUGUUGAGGUUUAAAACUUAUAUACUUUACAAAUUUAAAUAUUAAUGAGUAAUAUAUGAUCAUUUAACAAGAGUCAGUACAUCCACAGGAACGUAGAAGUUGAAAAUUAUUUCAAAUAAUCUCAGCUGUUUUUUUUUCUGUAUAUAUUUUUAAAAUUUUAAACACCUGAAAGUAAAAAUGUAAGUUUUAUUGGAGUUGUUUUAUUGUAUUUCAAACUUGUCUCCAGCAUCUGUUAUCCACUGAGCUCAUCCAAGGUUGUUCAUGUCUUCUGUGUCUUCAUUCAUCAUCUCUACAUGAAGUUAGUAUCCAGAGUUUUCUGCGUUCUUUGAUGUGAAAAUGGAACAAUGGUUGUACAGAUUGAAGCCAAACAAAUGAAGCCAAACAAAUGCUACAAAAAUCCCUCUGUAUGAGGAAUACAUGAUAACUGUGUGAAAAGCAUAAACCUUAAUAUAUCAAUAGACAUAGUUUAAUCAAUAGACAGAAAACAUAGUCUUGCGUUUUUGAAGAAAUACUAAAAACUGCUAAACUAUUUGACUGUGCACACGUCAUUGGGUGUCAGGUUGAGGAAGGAGGCGGCUUUGUUUUAGUAGAGGACGGGAGGAGGAAGAUACAUGAAGGACCGAGACGAACUGAAACUUUUGCGACAAUGAGGACAAAAUGGAAGCGACACGUUUGCAUCCUUCUACCCAACAAGCAGCACCUGGACUGUGCUGUCAGAGUGAGAGCCAGAGGUCAUGAGGUGUUGAACAGUGUGUUGAAGCAGCUCGGUGUCAGUGAUCUCCAAGUGUUUGGUCUGGCUGUUCUCAGAGACAAUGAAUAUCUAUUUGUUGACUUGGACCAAAAGCUGAGCAAGUACUUUGGCAAAAGAUGGAACACGGGUUCUAUAAAGGUCCCAUUCAUCUUAUUUCUGAGAGUGCAGUUUUAUUUAGAAGCUGGACAGCUAAUAAUGAGCAGCAAAGAGCAGCAGCUUUACUACUCUGAGCUGAGGCAGAAGAUGCUGAGAUCUCAGAACCGCCAUCAGGAAGCUUUGUUCUUCCAGCUGGCAGCUUCGGCGCUCCAAGCUGAAGUCGGAGAUCUGGAACAGAAAGAUGUGGAAGGAGAAGAGAGAAAACAGAGGCAUUACUUCCUUCCUGAAGAUUACUUCCCCUCUUGGCUGAUAAAACGCAGAGGCAGAGACUUCCUGCUCCAAAACAGUCCGGUGUUGCAUGGUGAGCUGAGAGGAGUGUCACGCAGUCAAGCCAUCCUGCAGUUUAUAAGAGAAGCCAGCAGCCUGCAGGACGGAGCAGUAACUUUCUACAGGAUGAGGCAGGAGAAAAAAGAGCUGAGAAGUUCAAUCCUGCUUGCCGUGGCAGUGAAAGGACUCCACAUUUAUCAGGAGGUGGAAGGCAAGCAGUGUAUGCUGUAUGAUUUUUCCUGGAUCGACAUCGACCGCCUCACUUUCCAGGGCAGCAGGUUUGAAAUCGCUGCAGUGGGCUCUCUGUGCCUCCCUAAGCUGGUGUAUUACACUCAUUCAGCGUUCCAUUCUAAACACAUCCUCAGGCACCUCAGCGACAGCCACCGACUCCACAUCAGCACCAGAGAUGCAGUCAGCCACAUCCAGCAGCUGGAAAACAUGAAAGCCAGUCAGCUCUACAAAGAGGCCUACAUCUGUGAUACAAUAAGUCUAAAACAGAGGCUUCACUGCAGCAACCUCACUUCAUCCAUGUCUGACUGCAGUGUUGCAGUGGAAGCAGCUACCUGUAGCAGUUUCAGUGUUGCAGUGGAAGCAGAUACAGACUGGGUCGAAGAGGAGGAGGAAGAGGACGUAGACUCUCUAUCAGAGGCUGAGCUGUGGUUGGACGAACCAGAGGAGGUCUUUGUUGACGACCCGGCAGAGGUGUCCUGGCUGGCUGAGCUGCUCCACGGCGUCUCUGUGGAUGGACCUCUGGUGUCAAACUCCUCUGACUGGGCAGCUGUCACCAUGGAAAUGAAACAGAUUCUGUGGAGGAGAGCUGAUGAAGGGGCGUCUGUGGACUAAUUCACAGCCGGAGGCAAGAUGGAUUCAUUAGAUGUUCUGCAGCUCAGGAUAAGAAGACACCUGAUGUUUGCCG